AUGUUUCAGGAGCUGCUUGAAGCAAGCAUCAAGCAAAUUAGGAACACGAAAUGGGUACAGGAACGGUUUGCAAUAACAAACAUUGAUACCCGUGGAUUCGACUCCCCGUAUGGAACGCUUACUUUAACCCAAGCUGAGGAUCACAGCGAGGAAAAUAAUGACUCCUUAUUGGCCGGGAUGACACUACUUGUUCAAGUAGCAAAGGCUACAAAUUACCCAGAAGAGGUGAUGCAUGGUGGUGUGCUGGCGGGUAAUAUGAAUUCCAUCCAGGCUUCGGACGAUCGGAUUGCGGGGGAUAGCAAUCUUAAGGAUACAUAUUUGGUGCUAGGAGGAACUGAAGGAGAUUCAAAAGAAUAUACCUGGGGAUAUCAGCGUACUUGUGAUAAACAUGAGAUUUUCCGGCCUGAACGUCUUGACAAGGUCCUCUAUCGCGGUGGCCUGGUGGCCAGGGCCUUGACACGUAUUAACGUGGGAGUGGUCGUGGAGGGUGACGAAAUCGGAUCAAGUAUUCGAGCUCGAGGCAUGGAACUCUGGACUACAGAUCACUAUGGACUGAUGGCUGACCUGGAGGUUGCUGAAGUGGUGGAAGCUGAGGAAGAGAAGAAGGACUAA